AUGGAUGGAAUUGUUCUUAUACUUCUCCCAAGCUUCAUUAAAAUUUAUGUGUCAUCUGUCACCCCGGAUCCUAACAUGUGUGGAAUGCGAUGUUGUGCGGGCUAUUUUCUUCAUAAUGAGAUAUGUACAGUGUGCAGGUCUGGUCAAAUUGGGGAAAACUGCAGUCAAGCAUGUCCUACUGGGUUUUAUGGAGAGCUUUGCAGGAAUGAUUGUCCAUUUGAAUGUAAGAACAACUGUAAUGAGGUCACGGGAAGAUGUCCACUAGAUAACAACACCCAGAACAACAGCAUUGAGACGCAGAUAGAGCACUUUCUGAAGAAGAACGCGUGGCUUAUAGGAGGGGUGACCUUUCUUUUAUUGCUCAUUUUGUGUGGUUCUAUUGGCUUUAUUCACCUCUCUCAAGCCCUAAAAUGUUUCAAGAUGAAUAGAACAAAUGAUGUUACUCAUCUAACAAGUAAAAAACCACAGUCAUCAAGCAGUUCGAGACAUGAACCUGAUUACUCUAACAUCCCGAGUGGAUCCAUUCGAGCCAACUGUAGUGUAAAAAGCACAUUAACCAAACAAUUAUCAAAUAAAAAGGAAGGCAUGCAAUCCUGUGAAUACAGUAAACCUACAACAAAGAAGCGCUACAGCUUUAUCUGGAG